AUGGCGGAUUCGGCGCCGGGUUCCACGGAACAGUCGGCCAUCGCUGCACGCGAGGCAGAGGCGGCGCGGCGAACGGGUCGCAUGUCCGAUCACAUGUGCGCCGCCCACUACGCGGACUCUUUAAAAUGUUUGGAUAAGAAUGGCUACGACAAGAGCAAGUGCGAGGACAAAUUUGAUGCAUAUAAGGAGUGCCGGAAACAAGAUGUGAGCACGAGGGACGGAGGGGGAUGUGGGAUGGGGCCAGAGUGGUGUGGUGUGGUGUGGUGCGUGCAUGUGUGGUGUGGUUCGUGCAUGUGUGGUGUGGUGCAUGCAUGUGUGGUGUGGUGCAUGCAUGUGUGGUGUGGUGCGUGCAUGUGUGGUGUGGUGCGUGCAUGUGUGGUGUGGUGCGUGCAUGUGUGGUGUGGUGCAUGCAUGUGUGGUGUGGUGCAUGCAUGUGUGGUGUGGUGCGUGCAUGUGUGGUGUGGUGCGUGCAUGUGUGGUGUGGUGCGUGCAUGUGUGGUGUGGUGCAUGCAUGUGUGGUGUGGUGCAUGCAUGUGUGGUGUGGUGCGUGCAUGUGUGGUGUGGUGCGUGCAUGUGUGGUGUGGUGCAUGCAUGUGUGGUGUGGUGUGGUGCGUGCAUGUGUGGUGUGGUGUGGUGCGUGCAUGUGUGGUGUGGUGCGUGCAUGUGUGGUGCGUGCAUGUGUGGUGUGGUGCGUGCAUGUGUGGUGCGUGCAUGUGUGGUGUGGUGCAUGCAUGUGUGGUGUGGUGCGUGCAUGUGUGGUGUGGUGCAUGCAUGUGUGGUGUGGUGCAUGCAUGUGUGGUGUGGUGCGUGCAUGUGUGGUGUGGUGCGUGCAUGUGUGGUGUGGUGCGUGCAUGUGUGGUGUGGUGCGUGCAUGUGUGGUGUGGUGCGUGCAUGUGUGGUGUGGUGCGUGCAUGUGUGGUGUGGUGCGUGCAUGUGUGGUGCGUGCAUGUGUGGUGUGGUGCGUGCAUGUGUGGUGCGUGCAUGUGUGGUGUGGUGCAUGCAUGUGUGGUGUGGUGCGUGCAUGUGUGGUGUGGUGCAUGCAUGUGUGGUGUGGUGCAUGCAUGUGUGGUGUGGUGCGUGCAUGUGUGGUGUGGUGCGUGCAUGUGUGGUGUGGUGCGUGCAUGUGUGGUGUGGUGCGUGCAUGUGUGGUGUGGUGCGUGCAUGUGUGGUGUGGUGCGUGCAUGUGUGGUGUGGUGCGUGCAUGUGUGGUGUGGUGCGUGCAUGUGUGGUGUGGUGCGUGCAUGUGUGGUGCGUGCAUGUGUGGUGCGUGCAUGUGUGGUGCGUGCAUGUGUGGUGCGUGCAUGCAUGCAACCAGCGAAGAGAACAUACGUAGGUGCGGGGGUGGGAGUGGGAGCCGAAGCCACAAGGGCUGCUUUGUCCCGUUUGAAGGUGACUCGUUUGGAGUAG